AAAAAAUCAGUGUCCUCAAAGUGCAUUUUUUUAAAUCACCCAGUGGAAUAAAAAGCAGUGUUUUUUGGCAAAUCAUUAUCGUGAAAAAAGCUCCACCGUUUUUUAAUCCGUGCAGAGUGAUUCUCUGUUUUACGUCAAAUCGCAAGUAGUGGAAGCACCAUUCAGCAGCAGGUACCAGUCACAGUGGAUAAUAACUCUCGAGGCAAACGUCAUUGAGAAGGAGCUCCCCGCAUAUCGCUCCCGCUGCGCCCGCAUCCCUCGUGCCACGAGAAUCGUAAGGGGGCAAUAAAUUGCCUUGAUGGAGAACUUCGGACUGAGGCUUGAUUGCGUUGUAUAGUUGCGGCGAGCUGUUCGAAAUACGGAAGUGGGUAUUCCCUACCGUCGCAGGAAUUUGAAUAUCCCAAUCGGUAUUAAUAGAUGAUGUCGAAUCCAUCACAAUAUUAUGGAAUGGCGAAUGGCUAUCCCUCUGCCUCAAAUGGUCCACAGCAACAGCAGAGUCACUACCCGCCAAUGUCACAACAGCAGGGGAUGCCUCUACAGCAGCAGUAUCCUGCAAAAAAUGUUGUAUUGAACGGUCCACCACAGCCAACCACAGGGAUGCCUGGGGGAUUUCCACAGUAUGGCCCCUCAACAACACCGCUGGCCCAAGUUCCACUGCAAAAUGGACCGCCUAUGGUGCAGAAACCACUGUUUAAUACUCAGUUGCCGCAGCCGAAUAAUCGAGUAGCGAACCUAGUUUCGAAUGGCAACAGUGCUACCUCAUCUAGAACGUCAUCACCUGCACUAGUUAACAAUAAUAUUCCGGCGUCGCAGUUGCCACCGUCAAUGAACAAUCGACAAGCUGCCUAUCCGACGUCGUCUAGUCAAAACCAGCAGACUGCUAUUCCUGCAACUAAUAAUCACAUUAUGAGUUCUAAUAACAAUUGGACGAGUGGGAUCGCAACGAGCACGAUAAACACACCUCCCAAGACGGCAUCAGGUCUUUCAACUCCACUAAAUGCAUCCACUCCUACGUUAGGAAUGGCACCCCUUAACGGGCCGGUCAGCACUAUAACAGCUAGUAUGCAAAAUUUAAGCGUCAUCCGACCUCCUUCUGCCCAACAGCAAGUGAAUCGAGUUAAUGGCUCUGGGACUCCACAACCUCCCACAUCAACUGGCAGCUAUCCAAAUCAAAGUCAAACUGGCCAAGUACCGCCCCUUAAACAGCCAAAUGUUCCACAAACCACAAAUAGUAUACCGACCACUUCGACAGCAUACGGUCAGCUACCACCACUAAUCAAUCAACAGGGACGACCCAUAAAUGGGAACCACGUACCUGAUUUACAAAUGCCUCCCCAAACUCAACCGCAGCAGAACCUGCCUCCUUCGAGUAGUGUCGGGCAAACUUAUCCAGGCGUGCCAACAGUGGGUAUGGUUGCGCCUUCCACUACUUCUGCAAUCAGCAAGAGACCUCUGUAUCCCUCGCAGAAUAUGCCUCCAAUACCCGCCCCCCAGCAGACCAGCAGCUACUAUCCAAAUCACCAACAACAGCAGCAGCAGCAGCAACCACCAAUGCCGCAGCAGUUCCAGCAACCCCAUCAACAUAGCCAUCUUCCACAUCAACAUCAUCAUCACCACCAGCAACAAGCUCAGCAGCAGCAGCAACAUCAACAACCAUAUGGUGCCAACUACCAGCAGCAGCAGCAGCAGCAGCAAACUGACCCGCAAUACAACAACGUGGUCAGGAGUGGGUUUAAUCGACUUUGGGGUAACAACACUGUAGACCUACUCCAGAACCGACACAUCCUGCCCGUGGAAAAAGUUCGACCUCCACCUAUUCACCUGAAUCAUCCGUUCCAGGAGGCGGUCAACUGCAAUCCAGAUAUUUUCCGGUGUACUCUCACGAAAAUACCGGAAACGAAUCAGUUGCUGCAGAAAUCGCGACUUCCGCUGGGUGUGCUGAUACACCCAUUUAGGGAUUUGAAUAAUCUACCGGUUGUUUCCUGCAGUACAAUAGUGCGAUGCCGGGCUUGUCGAACUUACAUCAACCCGUUCGUGUUCUUCGUCGAUAGUAAAAAAUGGAAGUGUAAUCUGUGUUACCGAAUCAACGAAUUACCAGAGGAGUUCCAAUAUGAUCCCGUUACAAAAACUUAUGGAGAUCCGACGCGGCGGCCUGAAAUUAAGUCCAGCACGAUUGAGUUCAUCGCCCCUUCGGAAUAUAUGCUCCGACCUCCUCAGCCAGCGAUUUACCUAUUCCUGCUGGACGUUUCUUCGCUGGCUCAGCAAACCGGCUACUUACACACCGUCUGCAGCACGCUGAUCGCCCAGCUGGACAGUCUACCGGGUGACGCACGAACCCAGGUUGGUUUCGUUGCCUACAACAGUGCGAUCCACUUCUACAACAUUGCCGAGGGUUACAAUCAACCGCACGAGGUGACCGUCCUGGACGUGGAAGAUGUGUUCCUACCGUAUCCCGAUAACCUGUUGGUCAAUUUGAAGGAGUGCAAGGAACUGAUCAAGGAUCUGUUGACCCAGCUGCCCAAGCGAUUCGAGCAUGCUCACGACACGAACAGUGCGCUGGGAGCUACACUGCAAGUUGCAUUGAAACUGAUGAGCGCCUGCGGUGGUCGAGUUACGGUAUUCCAAUGCUGUUUACCAAAUUUCGGACCAGGUGCACUGCAAUCGCGCGAGGAUCCCAAUAAUCGAUCAUCAAAGGACGUGGCACAUCUGGGUCCAGCAACGGAUUUCUACAAGCGAUUAGCUCUGGAUUGUUCUGCGCAGCAGAUUGCUGUUGAUCUGUUCUUGUUAAAUAGUCAGUACUGUGAUGUAGCUACAAUUUCUGGAAUAAGUAAAUUUAGCGGUGGAUGCAUGCAUCAUAUACCGCUGUUCAGUGCGUCGAAGCCCCAGCUUGUGAAAACUCUGCAGAAAUGUUUUGAGCGUUAUCUGACUCGAAAGAUUGGUUUCGAAGCUGUAAUGCGAGUACGCUGUACUCGAGGACUAACGAUUCAUACAUUCCACGGAAACUUCUUUGUGCGGUCAACGGAUCUGCUUUCGCUACCGAAUGUGAAUCCGGAUGCUGGAUUUGGCAUGCAGAUCACCUACGAGGAAAGCUUGGCCGAGGUAAAAUCGGUAUGCUUCCAGGCAGCUUUACUGUACACAAGUAGUAAAGCCGAAAGGCGGAUUCGUGUCCACACGCUGUGCAUCCCGGUGACGUCGAGUCUAUCGGAGGUUAUGUACUCGGCGGAUUCGCAGUGCAUCGUCGGUUUGUUGGCCAAAAUGGCCGUGGAUCGUUCGCUGACCUCAAGUCUGUCCGAUGCCAGAGAUGCCUUCAUCAACGCAACCGUCGACAUCUUCAGUGCGUUUAAAAUUGCCCAAAAUCUGCCGCAAAACUCCGGUUCGAUUGUGGCACCGGAGAACCUCGCGCUACUGCCACUGUAUAUCUUGGCGCUUAUGAAACACGCUGCAUUCCGGGUAGGUACCAGUACCCGGCUGGACGAUCGGGUGUUCGCGAUGAGUGAAAUGAAAACGAUGCCGCUGGAUCAACUCAUUCGGUACAUUUAUCCGGACUUCUACGAGCUUGACAGUUUGUUCCAAAGUGCAACGCAAGAGGGAGCAGAUGGCGAACAUCACUUGAUGGAACCUCCCCGGUUACAAUUGACUGCUGAGAAAUUCGACUCGCGAUCUAUGUUUUUACUGGACUGUGGUCCUCACAUGUUCAUCUACGUGGGAUGCAAUGUACAGCCGUCUAUUCUGAAUGAUGUUCUCGGAGUGAACAACUUUUCGGAGAUUCCUGACUUCUGUAUCGAACUACCAAGCAGAGAAACACCCGCCAGUGAGGCAUUGUUUGCAUUUAUCGAUGCUAUCAAUGAGGAGAAACCGUAUUCUUCUUACGUGCAGGUCAUCAGGGACAACAGUCAAUUCCGAGCGUACUUCGUCGAGAAGUUUGCCGACGACAGGAAUCAGAGUUCGCUAUCGUACUACGAGUUCUUGCAGCACCUGAGAACCCAAGUGAAAUGAAUACGGGAAUGAAUGUAUAUUUAGUAGUUGGCAAGUUGAAUGUAGGUUGAGUGGAGAGAUUUUUAAUAGGCAAUAGGUAUAAAUAGGUCACACAAACUCACAUACACACAUGUACACAUACAAUAACAACAACACAAUGUAGCAAAUGUAUCGCAAAAGAAACGGCCCGAGCGAUGAUUUUAUCCUUCAGCGAACACACAGGACAUGAAGAUGUAGCGAAUUAUGUAAAAUAAAAAUUGAACAUACCUAUAGCGAGAGUGAUGGAAAUAAAUCUAGCUAAUCAAUGGUUGCAAAUGUAAAGUGAAACAAUAAAAUAAUAUAUAUUUAAUUAUAAAAAGAAAUAUCGUAGGUAAUCCGAAGGCAAUUAAACACACUGAAUUUCGACGACUGCAAACGUUCACUUUCUGCGUUUGCGAUUAGCACUAGGGUGGUAACGCGAAAAUAAAUUAUGUAAACUUGCAAAGAUGUAUCCCCAAGAUGAGAACCUUUAUAAAUAUAUAAUAGAUUACAUUUUUGAUAAAAACAAAAUGCGCGUUCCGGUAACAUUUCCUACCUAAUUAGACUCCGUUGUUCAAGUAACGAAUUUCCACGAAUUAAAAAAAAACAACUCUGACUCAUUGUCAACUUAUAAUGCAUCCGAAAUAGCAUAAUUGCGACUGUAUCCUAAUAAUAGAAGCGCAUAGGUAGAUAUUUGAAGAGAGCGGUUAACAACUUUUUCAAGGCACCGAAUGAACAUGGCGCAUCGAUAGUUAUGUUAGCUUCACCAAUAGAAGGCAUUUUAAACAUAAUUGUUUUCAAACCAUUGCUUAUUAUUUCUAUAAGCGCAAGUUAGUUCUGUAACAUAUUCUGUGCUUUAUGUAGGUAUAUUUUUGUAUUAGAAUGUACAGAACAAAUCAAUUAUUGUUUACGCAAAGUCAUCAUUGAAUAUAAGAUGUAAGUGAAGUUGAAGCAAAUGUGGAAGGCCAUGGGCAAGAGGACUGGAUAUAAUUAUUAUUUCCAAUUUUAUUCGUUGUAUAGAUUCUUUGUUGCGACAUUUCAAUGUCCGCGCUUUAAUGGUAGAGUCUGCGUUUACCUACUAGAAAUGCCGUUUCUUGUUUCACACCUGUAAGGCAAUUUAUUUCUACGAAGAAUUUCGGUUGGUAAUGGACAGUAACGAGAGAAUCAAAGUAAACUUGAAGUAUUUCGGUGUAUGCAUGAUGUUGAUAGUACAUAAUCAAAUCUUAUGAUAUGAGUUAUCAAUAAAUAAUGAAAAACUGUAUGAACAGGGA